GCGCGUUGCGCUGCGUCCGAGUGGCUGCGCUCUCGUCCCGGCGCAGCGGCGCUUUCUUAUGUUAAUGCGGGUCUGACAUCAGCAGCGGGAUCAAAGCGGGGCAGGGGUACUUUAGAGGCGAGGCGGCCCCCACCCGGGCUCACUCACCCUCCUCUGCGCGCAGCUCUCACUCUCACACACUCUCACACACACUCUCUCACACACACACACUCGCUCUGGACGCGCACCAUGCGUACCUGUCCGGAGCCAUUCUACCACCCCGUGCUGGAUUGUACUCACGCGUCAGGCUGACAACUCUCUGAAAGGAUAUUUGACUGUGAUUGGGCUUUUGUUUUCUUUUUUGUUGUUGUUGAGCUUUUCGCUGGCGUCGCGUUCUGACCGGUGAGAAGUGGCCGGCGCCGCAAGCAAAGGGUUCCGAAGAGGAGGCCGUGCCAUGAGCGCUGACUUUUGAGCCUGAGCCCAGAAGCCCAACUGCCCUUUGUGUUUUUGUCCUGCGUGAACUGCAGCCACUGUCCCACCAUGAGGAGCAGCUCUCAUGUCCUGCCUCUCUGUGUGCUCUCGGCUCUGCUGCUGUCUCAGGUCUGCUCUGGCAUCAAAUGGCUAGCACUGUCACACACUCCUGCGUCUUUACACAUCAACCAGACCCAACACUGUAAGCUGCUGCCCGGCAUGGUGUCCUCCCAAGCUCAGCUGUGCCGCAGCAACAUGGAGCUCAUGCAAACCAUCAUCCAAGCCGCCCGUGAGGUCAAGAAGACAUGCCAGAAGACCUUCGCCGAUAUGCGUUGGAACUGUUCCUCCAUCGAAAUCCCAACUGAUGCCCCGAAGUAUCCGCCAGACCUCGACCGAGGAACGAGGGAGGCUGCCUUUGUCUACGCCCUCUCCGCUGCAACCAUCAGCCACACCAUAGCACGGGCAUGCACGUCUGGAGAUCUGCGUCUGUGCUCAUGCGGUCCUAUCCCGGCCGAGAUCCCAGAGCCUGGAUAUCGCUGGGGCGGCUGCGCCGACAACCUGCACUAUGGUUUGAUCAUGGGCACCAAGUUCUCUGAUGCUCCCAUGAAGAUGAAGCGCUCAGGCUCGCAUGCCAACAAACUGAUGCACCUGCACAACAGCGAGGUCGGCAGACAGGCGCUGAGAGACGCGCUGGUGAUGAAAUGUAAAUGUCAUGGUGUAUCUGGCUCCUGCUCCAUAAGAACUUGCUGGAGAGGCCUGCAAGACCUGAGGGAGAUUGCCAUGGACCUGAAGACCAAGUACCUGUCUGCCACCAAAGUGGUUCACAGGCCCAUGGGGACGCGCAAGCAACUGGUACCCAAAGAUAUUGACAUCAGGCCGGUGAGGGAGAACGAGCUGAUUUACCUGCAGAGCUCCCCGAACUUCUGCACCAAGAAUGAAAAGCAGGGCUCUUUUGGAACACAGGACAGGCAGUGCAACAAGACAUCAGUCGGCAGUGACAGCUGCGACCUGAUGUGCUGCGACCGUGGCUACAACCCGUACAGUGAGAAGCUGGUGGAGCGCUGCCACUGCAAGUACCACUGGUGCUGCUACGUGACCUGCAAGAAGUGUGAGAGGAUCGUGGAGAGAUACGUCUGCAAAUGAGUCCAAAUGUACUCAUCCAACCGGGGCUUCAGAUUAACCAAAGCACUACAGUGCCAAGAAGGCUUAAUCUCGCUUUAAGCUUAAGCAUGUGUAUCUCAACAAGGACUGGUCUGUUCUUGUGUCAGUAUCAUUUUUGUAACAAAUCUCCUGCUGCCAAUCAGGCUUCUGAACUUUUUCGCAUCACAAACCUGGAUGUUGAGAGUGUGGCGACGGCGUCAGUCGGCCUACGUGAAGACUGCCGUCCUCCUGGGUUCUUUUUUAAAAAAAAAAUAUUUUGAUGAUUAUAAAUUCCCACACAGGGGAUAUUGAAAGUCUGUUUUAUCAUAUCUCUAUUAACAAGAAAUAAUAUUGGAUUUUAUGCUGGAGGAGAGGAAUUGUCUUUUUUCCCUCAGUUAUGUUUGACUUUAUUUCCCGGGACUCGACAGGUUCUGAUGGAACAAUGUGGUACUUUUUUUAAAAGUACUAUUAAAACUUUUUUCCUCUGCAGAAAAAAUGGACAAUGGAGGAAAGGGGAACUCAAAGGGAAUUUCAAGUACUUUUCAACCAUGGAACAUUUUUGUGGUUGACAUUUUGGACUCCCACCAUAGGUCCCGUGUGUGGACCGUGACCCUGUGGAUUGAGAGAAGACAAUUAAGAACUUUGUGAAAUGGUGCAUAUCUCCUUUAUGUCUGACUGACAUGCAGGCAGUUCAAAAAUAUAUUCUAUUUUUUAGAGCAUAUGAGCUGAACUCAUGGAUUUUGUAAACCACUUUUGUGUGGAUGUACAUACUGUUAUUUUGUAUACUGAAAUAAAGAAAGAAGUAUUUAUAAAAUAAUUAAAUGAUCUUCACCAUGAUCUUUA